AUGAGUUUGUGCGUCGGCUUGGGAGCUAGUUCACGCCACGCUAAUUACGCUCUGUACGCGGAGACCUGCGAGCGCCACGGGAAGACCACGGCAAGACCACAGCAAGACCACGGCAAGACCACGGCAAGACCACGGCAAGACCACGGCAAGACUACGACAAGACCACGGCAAGACCACGGCAAGACCACAGCAAGACCACGGCAAGACCACGGCAAGACUACGACAAGACCACGGCAAGACCACGGCAAGACCACGGCAAGACCACGGCAGGAUAGAGAACCCCAUCUGCAUUCCUUCCCAAUUAAGCCGCCAUCAUCUGAUUCCAAUUACUCUAAUUAUAGCAGCGAGGGAUACGAGCCAAGCCGGGGAAAAGGCAUAAAACGGCCUGGACACGACGGCCUGGACACGACGGCCCGGACACGAUGGCCCGGACACGACGGCCUGGACACGACGGCCUGGACACGACGGCCUGGACACGAUGGCCCGGACACGAUGGCCCGGACACGACGGCCCGGACACGACGGCCCGGACACGACGGCCCGGACACCACGGCCCGGACACCACGGCCCGGACACCACGGCCCGGACACCACGGCCCGGACCAUAG